AUGAAUAUGAAAGUUACAGCAAAUGAUAUUUAUGCAAAUUUGUUUCCAUAUAAAAAUAUUGAUGAUAAUUUAUUAAAUUUCUCAGUGAAUAAACUUAAAGAAAGUUUUUACAAGAAAAUUGAUUAUUCACAAUGCGAAUGCUGUUACAUUGAUAAUGAAAAUAAAGAAAAAAUUAUUAAUAGUAGUUCCACUGAAAGAGAUGUUUGUAUCAUGACAAACAUUGGUAAAUCACCAGAACCAUACUCCGCCAUCAGUUUACGAAGUGUUGGUUUCAGAGGUAAAAUCUUCAUGUUCUCAGAUAAACCUAUUGAUUCCAAAUUCGAAUUAUGUGGUGUUGAAUGGAUUCCUACCACAUUAUUUUGUAACAUCGGAUACGAAAAAAUGUAUCAACGCUUUUAUUCUAUCAAAUCUUUUAUUGAGUUAUUUUAUUACGAUAUUGAUCGAAUCCUUUAUUUUGAUUGGGGUGACACGCAUUUCCAAAGUGAUCCAUUCACAUUUAAAGAUAAAUCUCUUCAUGUAAGUGAUGAAAAAAUCAAGAUAAUGCAAGAAAUAUUUAAUUUGAAUUGGAUCUUAGAAAUUAAUAAUUUAAGGCCAGAAUAUUUUGGUGAUAAUAAUGUUAUUUGUGCUGGACUUUUCAUGGGAGAUAAAGAUUCUGUUUAUCAAUUGGUUUCUGCUUUGUCUUCAUCAUGGAUUCCUGGUGAAAAACAGCUGAAUGAUCAAACUAUGUUUAAUGUAUAUGUUUACGGAGAAAUUCCAAAACUUCUGGGCAUUCAUAUUACACCUGACCCAAAUUUAGCUACCAUAGGAGUGGCUUUGAAUGGCAAAUCUAAAGGAGAUAUUUUGUUUACUGGCAAACUUGGUUCAUUUCAUGAGAUCAGCAGUGAUUUUAAACCAGCUGCUAUUCACCAAUACAAUCGAAAUGAUGAAUUAAUUGAUUUAUUUUCCACUCAAUGUCAUUAUAUCAGAUAA